CAAGCCCCCUCCGGUUUGUUUUACUCGUCCUGCACUUCAACAAACAAGUCAGAUACAAAUAAGUUGUGGCAAACGUAGUAACAUUGCAUACUUGAAAUAAACGCAGCCACCGUCGUGUGAUAACUAUUUAGUUUCUGUAUUUCGGUUCGUGAUUUUAUGAAACGAGUCGUUCGCAAACACACUAUAAGGCUCAAAGUAAAGUAGUCUCGCUGUGCUUCCCCCCUCCCCGCUAAGAUGUCGUGUACUCUAGUUAGCGCCUCUGGAGCUCCUCGGGUCCCUCUGGAGGAUGGACGAGCCGUGAUUCUGGGCCGGGGGCCGGACACCGGGGUCGCCGACAAGAAAUGCUCCAGGCACCAGGUGAAGGUGGUGGCUUGCUAUGCAGACCAGGAUGUGGUUGUUACUCAGCUGGGUCCCAAUCCCAGUUUCCUGGACGGUGAAAAGCUGGGCCGGGGCCAGUCUGGUAAACUCACUCAUGGAGGCACCCUCUACCUGGUUAACCAGAACCAUCCGUUUAAACUGCACUACUCCCUAAGCUCAAACGGAGCAGCCUCCACUGCUGCACAGAAAGGACUAAAAGCCACAGAUAAGACGAAGGGAGGAAGAAACGGGAAAGAAAAAGAGGCACAGUCAAGUCCAAAUCCCAAGCGCAGUAUAAAGGAUUUCUUUUCUACCUCUCCCGUGAAGUCAUCUAAAAGACGCUUGAGCCCAGAUAGGGGGCACCCUGAGGUGAAGCGCCAAAGAAGAGAUGAGGGAGCCUCAGAUAGACAGAUGGAGGACGAAGAUGAGGAGGAGAGACUGGCAGAGGAAAAGCUCAAGCAGCUGCAGGAGUUGGCAGAGAAGUCUAUGGCAGAGAGGAGUGACAGCGCUCAGCCCUCAUCUUCAUCAUUGUCUUCAAAGGGCUGUCUAAAGAGCAGCUGGCAGCAGAUAGGCAACCUGUUGCUUUACACUGCUGUUGGUGUCAAAGGGAGUGACAAGAUUGCUGGAUUUGACAUAGAUGGCUGCAUCAUCACCACCAAGUCUGGCAAAGUCUUUCCCACCACACCAGAUGACUGGAAGAUUCUCUACCCUGAGAUUCAGCCAAGACUGGCCAACUUGCUGAAAAAAGGAUACAAGGUGGUGUUCUUCACCAACCAGAUGGGGAUCGCUAGAGGCAAACUGAGACCAGAAGUCUUCAAGUCUAAAGUUGAAGACAUCCUCACCAAGCUGCAGCUGCCUGUGCAGGUGUUUGUAGCAACCGGUCCUGGAAUCUACAGGAAGCCAGUGAUGGGAAUGUGGAAUCACUUGUGUGAGAAGGCGAAUGAUGGUGUGACUGUUGACAAGACACAGAGUUUAUAUGUAGGAGAUGCUGCAGGUAGGCCAGAGAACUGGGCUCCAGGGAAGAAGAAGAAGGAUUUCUCCUGCAGUGACCGACUGUUUGCUCUGAACAUUGGGUUGCAGUUCCACACCCCAGAGGAGUACUUCCUGGGUUGGAAGAGCGCCACCUACAACCUGCCAGAUUUUGACCCUAGGAAGAUUGACUCAACUGCAAGGCUGUACGACCCACCGUCUGCCUCUCUCACCUCCAGCAAGACAGAAGUCAUUGUUGCAGUUGGUUUCCCUGCAUCGGGUAAAUCCUCUUUCUUCCACACCCACAUCAUUCCAAAAGGCUAUGUGUACGUCAACAGGGACACACUCGGUUCAUGGCAGAACUGUGUGUCGGCAUGUGAGCGCGCUCUGAAAGAGGGCCGCAGCGUCGCCGUAGACAACACCAACCCAGACCCAGAGUCUCGCAAACGAUAUGUGGAUGUGGCCAAGGCCGCAGGAGUGCCCUGUCGCUGUUUCCACUUCUCAGCCUCUCUGGAGCAAGCCAAACACAACAACAGAUUCCGUGAAAUGGCUCCAUCAAACAGCAAGCACGCUAAGGUCAAUGACAUGGUUUUCCACAGUUACAAGAAACACUUUGUGGCUCCUGCUCUCUCUGAGGGAUUCUCCGAGAUUCUGCAGGUCCACUUUGUACCAAACUUCACCGCCAAAGACAGCCAAUCAGAAAUUCUGUUCCGGCAGUUUUCUGAGGGCUGAUUGGACAGCUGGCUUUCUAACACCUUUGACUUUCAAUUUCACACUGACGCAGGAAACAAAUGCAGAUGUCAGCCAGUGAAGCAGUUGAGGUGCGAGUUAAUCAGUAGACACCAGCAUGUUUUUCUAUUUCAGCUGAUGGACUGUCUGGUGAAUGGGUUCCCCACUGACAUCUGUGCAGUGCUUGUAUGUCCUUGCUUAUAUCCAUACUGUAUGGCUAAUGUCCUCUAACUACAAAGUAAGACUGGUGACGUUAACUAGACUUGCAGCUCUGUAUCAGAUCCUUCCUUUCACGCAGUGUUUUAUCAAACAAUUUAACGUAUCCAUAUAAAUGCACAAAGUUAUAUUUACAUUAUAUAUGUGCAUCAGGAACUGAUUAUGCAUGUGUUAUACAUGUGUUUAGAAAGAAUACAGUGUGAAAACAAGAAGAAUUACUUUUUUAUGUUGUGUAUGAUUUGUUAACAAAAUAUCAAGUGACUUUACUGAAACACAGCUAUAAAAGUCAAUGGUAUUCCGUUUGACAAUAAAGCUUUGGAAAUCUC